AUGGAGUUUAACAUCCCAUCAACACUCAUAGCUCUACUUUCAUUUCUCCUCUUUCUCAUCCCGUUUCUUAAAUCGCGACGAAUCUCAAAAUUCGCAAACAGUUACUCACACAUCCCAGGUCCCAAAACCCUCCCUCUCAUCGGAAACCUCCAUCUCAUGCUACGCGCCACCGUGCCCCACCACAUGUUCAGAGACCUCGCCGCCAAACACGGCCCCCUUAUGCACCUCCAGCUGGGCGAGAUCCACUUCGUCGUCAUCUCAUCCGUCGACUUCGCAAAACAAGUGGUGCGAACCCACUACCUCAAUUUCGCCAACCGCCCCCGCGGGCUGGUGGCGGAGACGCUCUCCUACAAUUACACAGCGAUAGUCUUCACCCCCUACGGCGACCACUGGCGCCAGCUGCGGAAGAUCUGCACGCUCGAGCUCCUGAGCGCGCGGCGCGGCGCGACGUGUGCAGUCCUUUCGCCACGUAAGAGAAGAGAGCAUGAAUAUGUGCGAAUGGAUAGCUUCUCGUGUCUGAGUUGA